UAGGUGAUUGAGUAAAGAACUAAAAAUAUAUUUUAACAAGUCGAUCGAAAUUGCAAAUAUUUCUAAGGUGUGUUUUUUUACCUGGACACCGGUUACCUAUCACAACUAUUUGUGUUUGUAUGACACACAUUCCGUCUUAUCGUCAUCGUUAUAUUUAUCAUCAUUUCGUUUCUACCUGCAAUAAGCAGAACAAACUCUCAUUCAACGUCGCAUUUGUGUAUACGUCUAUGUAACAUUACAGAUAAAGUCCCUGUUCCCACUGUUUUUAAUUACAUCCUUGUACCUUGUGUUGAAUCGAGAAGGUAAACAUGGAGAAAAAAGAAGACAAGAAGGAAACCAAAACAUCGCAGACAGACAGCGGUGCCGACACAAACAUUGUAACUGGAGAAGAAGCAGAACACAAGGAUGCCGCUACGGUGAAGACAGAUGAACAUUCAGAUCAAGAAGCCAAUGGGGCCGUCACAGGAAGCGAGCACAGGAAAGAGGAAGGGGAAAUAAAAGUGGUGUACAAAUUUCGAGAUUUUAACAAAUUCAUGGUGAAGGCGUGGGAGGAAGUAUUCAAGGAACACUGUGGUGAAGAUGGCAGGGUAGAGGUUUCUGUUGGUGAUAUUUUCAAAGGAGCCCCAGCUGCUGAUGCCUUGGUGUCCCCAGCCAACAGCUAUGGUUUCAUGGAUGGAGGAAUUGACAUGGUAUACACUAGACAUUUUGGCUGGCAGAUGCAGCACAGACUACAGGAAGUGAUAAGGAAAGAACAUGAUGGUGAACUUCUGGUGGGUAAUGCUGCAAUAAUCCCUGCCUAUCAAGAGGGUCAGGUUGAUGAGGAGGCAAAAGAUGAAAUGUACAAUGAAGGUCAGCCAAUCAAGUAUCUGAUCUCCGCCCCAACCAUGAGGGUACCUAUGGAGGUGGACGGGACACCUAAUUCCUACCUGGCUUUCCGUGCAGUCCUACUGGCUGUCCAGAAACACAACAGAAGGACAGAUGUGGAGCCCAUUAGGAGCAUUUUGUGUCCUGGUCUAGGUACUGCUGUGGGACAGAUGCCGAAAGGUCGAUGUGCAAGACAGAUGCUAGUUGCCUAUGAAACUUUUGUUCUGGGAAAAUGUCCAGAGAGACUUAAACCACAAAAUCUGUUCCAUAUGGUGAAUGAUCAUGAUGAACUGUGCUUCAGCCAAGAAUGAAUAUGUGGAAACAGUGUGACCAUUCACAUCCCAGGGACAUCAAACUAAAUAUGUGGAAACAGUGCGACCAUUCACAUCCCAGUAGUAUGGCAACAUGUAUCAAUGUAUAUUGGUAACCCCAGUUGAACACCUAUUACAUUCUGGUUCUAGAUACAGGCUCACAUGUUACAAUUGGCUAAGUAAAAAGCUUGUGUAC